AUGAUAGUUUUAAGCUUUGUACUUUUAUUAUUAAAUCAACUGUUUUGUGCAAACGCUGCUUGUCCGGGUGUUGUAACGAAGAAAGAAUGGGACGGCCUCAGUCCUUUACACGUAGAAUAUCUUCCUCGACCAGUAAGUCUAGUCAUCAUACAGCAUACUGUGACACCCCCGUGUAACACCGAUGCGAGCUGUGUGGACAUAGCACAAAGUAUUCAGAAUACGCAUAUGGAAAAUCUUAAUUUCUGGGAUAUAGGCAUAUCGUUUCUGGUUGGUGGUAAUGGCAAAGUGUAUGAAGGUAGCGGCUGGUUGCAUGUAGGAGCUCAUACUUUAGGAUACAACAGAAAAUCUAUCGCGAUAUCGUUUAUAGGCAACUUUAAUAACGAUGAGCCUACACCAGAAGCUUUGGAGGCCGCUAAGGCCCUUAUCAAGUGCGGCGUAGAACAAGGACAUCUAUCUCCAAACUAUAAUCUAAUAGGUCACAAGCAAGUUCUCGCCACAGAGAGUCCUGGAAGGAAGCUUUACAACGAGAUCAGAAGAUGGCCCCACUUUUUAGAUGAUGUAUCAUCUAUAAAGAAU